UCCUUAAAAAGGCCACAAUAUACUAGGAUUAUUAUAACAACAUUUGAUAAAAAAUAUGAAUGUUAAAGUUCUCUCCAAAGAAUGUAUCAAACCUUCUAUACCAACUCCUCAACACUUGAGGAACUACAAACUAUCCUUCUUAGAUCAAUGUUCUCCAUGUUCAUACAUCCCAAUCAUUCUCUUUUACAAUGUCAACCACCACCACCACGACGUUCUGAAGAAAUCUCUGUCUGAAACUCUGAGUUAUUACUACCCUCUUGGUGGUAGAUUGAAAGAUGUAAACUCCAUUGAGUGUAAUGAUGAGGGAAUUCUAUACAUGGAAGCCCGAAACUUUGAUCUCUCAAAGUUUCUUGAAAAUCCUAAUAUUUCAUUCCUUAACAAGUUUCUUCCAUGCAAAGGCAAUUGCUUAGAGCCAAGUUGUAAUCAACUUCUUCUUGCUAUCCAAACCACCACAUUUUUAUGUGGGGGAAUUGCCAUUGGAGUUUGCAUGCUUCAUAAGGUUGUAGAUUUAUCAGCAAUGAGUGCUUUCUUGAAAACAUGGGCCAAGCUAAGCCAUGGUGAAGGUGACAAAGAACUACAUCCAGAUUUCACAUCAGCAAUGUCACUAUUCCCUCCUAUACAAUCAUUACCAACAAAGUUCAUUAAAGAUUUCGAAAACUUCUAUUUCCAAGGUUCAAAGUCACCAAUGAGAAGGUUCUUGUUUGAUUCCAAAGCUAUAAAAGCACUUAAAGCUAAUACAUCAAGUGAAAGUGUUCCUUUUCCAUCUAAGAUAGAAGCAUUGACAUCUUUCAUAUGCAAAAGGAUUGCGGUAGCCUCUGUGUCCCUCGCGAAUGGCGCUGCACCAAAGACUUUGAUGAUCACUCAUGUAGCUAAUCUAAGGCCUCGAAUCGUGACAUCUUUGCCUCAGAGAACUUUUGGGAACCUUCUAUGGUUGGCAUUUGCAUUUUAUGAUCCUUUAGACGUUAGCAUGGAGUUGCCUGAUUUGGGAAUGAUGCUAAGGGAGGUGUUUGUUCAAUUAAAUCCUGAGAACAUUAAAGGUAUAGAUAGCGAGUGCGCGUUCGAAUCACUCAACGAUGUGCUUGAAAGUUUGUCAACAAAUGAGAACAUAAAGAUUUUUAGAUUCACAAGUUGGUGCAAUAUGGGACUAUAUAAUGUUGAUUUUGGAUGGGGAAAGCCUGUAUGGAUUGCUCAUAUGGGUGAUUUGCCUGAUGCUCAUGUGAGAUCCAAGCAACAAUUUGUGUUCCUAGAAAGUCCAUGCCAUGAAGGAAUAGAGUUGUGGAUUGCUUGUGAUGAUGAAGAGAUUAGGGUUCUUGAAAAGGAUUCAGAGUUUCUUACAUAUGCCAAUCCAAAUCCAAGUAUCUGCAUCAGCCCUUAACCAGAGGUCUCGGAUUCGAGUCGCCGUCGCGCCUUUGUUAGGAAGGACUUCCCGAUGCGAAUUUAGAUUUAGUCGGACUUCAAUGUGGACACUUAAUGUUUUCUUGUAUUAUUUCCAUCAACUAGCUAUAGUAUGUCUAGCUUUCAAGAACGCAAUAAAUCAACUUGGCCA